UAUUCACAAAGGCCUGUUAUGGAGACAGACAGGUUAGCUGUGCCCAAACAGAGUGUGAGUUCUGAAUAGACCGAUGUUCGCCAUGGAGCUCAAUGGUACACUGAGUGGAGAUCAGAUUGACUUCCUCUCUACUGAGUACCUAGUAUUACUCACACUCAGUGUGAUUGGGAGUUUUUCUGUCCUGGUGGUUUCCAUAGUGAGAUGGAGGCAACUAAAAGAACAGGUGCAGCUCCUGGUGCAGCUCGCCCUGGCGGACCUCCUGGCUGCUCUGAUCCUGAUGUCCACCAGUGUCAUGAACAGAGUGAGCACUGACAACAGCGUAGUCAUCUGCCAAUACAGCCUGCCGCUGUCACUGACAUUUUAUUUCAUUUCAUUUCUGCUGGUGGUGGUUUACGCAUGGAAGUCAAAGAACGCAAUCCAAGGAUGGAGAGCCACAGAGGAUGAGGGAGGACAGAAUCGCUGCAGAAGGAAAAUACUUGCUAUACCUGUAUAUGUCGUUGUGUGGUUGGUCCCCAUUGCAACGUAUUUAGCAUAUGUGCUCACUCCCUUCAUAAAACCCACUUUGCUGACUACAAUCACUGACAGAUCAAUGAUCGGCCGUAAUGAAAGCAAAUACUGCACCAGUUGUAUUUUGUUCCUGCAUGUCUGGAGGGAUCCCUGCCCUGACACUGAGAGAAUUCACGACACUUUCAUCAGAGUUUUUCUUUUCGUCGUUGUGAUACCAGUGAUGCUGUCUUGCUCUGUCAUUUAUUAUAAGGUUGGUAAAUGGUAUGAAAGAGGAAGUAAUGAGCAGGAAGGGCUUUUCCCUGUGGAGGGAGAUGGACUUUCAAGAAGGAGAAUCAAAAGAGUGUUUUCCACAGCAAGAAAUAUGGUGAUGGUCAUCAUAGUCUGCUGGGCACCAGCUCUUCUCCUCAUUCUGCUGUCUACUCUGAUGGUCUGGUCAAAAGUUGAACAACACAGUCUAUUCGGCUUGUAUAUGAUACAGGCUGCCAGCGUGUCCCUGCAAGGCUUCCUGAACAGUAUGGUUUACGCCUGGAGACGGCCCAACUUCACGGAGGCCGUUCUCGGGGAGAAUACGCCCCUGGUGGCUCACGACCGCCUGGCCUUCUUUGAAGAAUCACUGAGGAGCUCGCUUUGAUUGUUGACUCUAUAUGAGAGACAUGAUUGUGCUGCGGAAACAACACACCGGCCCGAGGAAGACUGACCGCACGCCUGCACACUUCAUGACUUCAUGUCAAUCUAGACUGAAACACAAAAUGUCCUCAUUUGUGGUGCUGGAGAUGAAAAGAAAUGAUGAAGCAAAAAAAAUGAAGGACACACAAAGACGACUGAUGCAGUGUUUUACUCUGCAGCUGCUGAUGUUUUCAUGAAGUCAUAGUCGCGUAUUGUAGCAUAUUCUUUUGUAUAAAUGGGGACAAAUUAUAAAAUUGUGUUGUAUUUAUAAAUGUGCUGUUAGUGUACUAUUUUAUUAAGAUUUAAAAGAGAGAAUUAUUGCAAUUAUUGUGGCAUGUGAUUUUCAUUUUGUCACAUAUUUAUAUUGUUCAAUAAGGUGCUUUUUAACCAGUUGUUUUUAUUAUUGACUUGUUGUGCAACAGUCCCUCAGUACUGUUUAGUUCAAGACAAGAAUAAGGGUUGUACACUCUGCAUCAUGUCAGAAGCACGUGUCGCCUAUUGUACGGUAACACAGAGUUCAGCCUUUAUGUGUUGGAACAGUGAGGAAUGCUUAGUCGCUGCAGACAACAGAAGGAACACAGUAUCUGCUUUGUCACGUCUGAGUGCAACCAUAACUGUAUCUCGUAAAGAAUAAUGAACGGUUGUGUAACUGAGGUCACACGAGGCAUAUCUGCAUUUUAUAACAUGCUAAACUCCAUGAUCAAACAUGUGUGUCUCUGAGCUGACCUCUCUGUUAAUGCUUGACAGACUGCAGGCCGACCUGUUGGUGCUUGUAUAAGCGAUCACCUGACUCGGUCAUUUAUCUGCUGUACUCUAAAGUCAACUCGAUGUUCAGUUUCUUUGCUGAAGGCCUCACAGUCGCCUACAUGGGGUCAACACAUACAAUAAAACAUGAGAGCUUCACAAAACACAAGUAACAAGCUACAUGUAACAGUUGGACAAUUGAAUCAGACACAGUUAUAGAUAUGUGAUGUGUCUGCCCAAAAUGUUUUGCCUGUUUGGAAAUAUGUUGUGUUUGUUAUAUAUGAAAAAAUGGAAAUAUUGUACCUUUGAAUCUUGUAUACCAUAAUAUACAUCUCUGCCAAUAAAAUGUUUUUUUUUAAUAUAGAGCUGUUUCUCCAUUUUUUUCCGUUACAAAUUCAAUUGAGGAACAAAUAACAAACACCUUUGUAUGAUGAUAAGUUGCGCUGUUAUCACAGAUCCAAAUCUUUGAGUUGUUUUACUACCAGUACAUUAAAAAAAAAGCCAUGCAGCCUGCAACACCUGAGCCUAUUGACCUAAUUUAAAUUUCCUUGGAGCGAUCUACGUACUAUCAGAUGUGUCCCAGAUAUCCUGCCUAUUCACGGAUAUCGUGAUAAAAAUCAUGACUACAGUGUUACUGGAAAAGCAGCCGCACUCAGCGGAUAUACAGAACAGUACCUGGGGAAACUUGUUCCCUCUAAUAAGAGGACAACUUAUGAAAGCAUUCGGGCAGCACAGUGCAAGUCAUUAUGAAUGACCCAUUCACACUAUCCAUCAGCUGUUGGGUCAUAUUUGUAUUCUUUUUGUCAUGUGUAUAAAGUAACCAACCAGAGUGGCAACAAUUAAUCGAUUAAUUGUCGACUAUUAAAUUAAUCGGCAACUGAUUCCAGCUUCUUAAAUGUGAAUAUGUCCUGGUUUCUUUACUCCUCUGUGACAGUAAACUGAAUAUCUUUGAGAUGU